UUGCUACGAAAGAAAAUGAAUACCGAAGUCCGUACAUUACGCCCUCGGAAGAAACCACGAGUCGAUUCAGAUUGUGAUGGCGACAAGUCAUACGCCGAAAGAACCUUGCCGCCGCAUUUAAAGAUUAAGAAAUCUUCAAUUCCAAAUGCGGGUCUUGGUGUUUUUACCAAAAAGAAAAUAAAAGUGAACACCGUUUUUGGCCCCUAUACCGGCAAGAAAAUCAACAUCGGGGAGAUUGAUGGAAAAGACCCAUCAUACAUGUGGGAGAUAGUUAAAAACGGGAAAGCCACGCAUGUAGUGGAUGGGAUUGACCCAAGUAACAGUAACUGGAUUCGUUAUGUGAAUUGCGCGCGCUGUGAGAAUGAGCAGAAUCUGAUCGCGUACCAGUAUCACGGUGAGAUUUUCUACCGGGCGUACAAAGAGAUAAAGGCUGGUACCGAGCUGUUGGUGUGGUACGGAGAUGAGUACGGGGAAGCACUCGGGUUGUUGAACUUGGCGGAAAGGGAUCAGGGUGAGGAUGAGGCAGGAGAUAAAUACGAGGACGCUAGUGGCUUGCUGACUCUGCCAGAAGAAGAUGAUGAAAGUCAGGAAGAUAAAAUUAUUCUGAAGGAAUGUGGUCACCGCUGUAAGCAUUGUGGAAGGACGUAUACCUAUAUAAAUUACCUGGAAGCGCAUUUAAAAAGAUGUCCAAUGUUGGUAUCGUACGAAACCUGGGAGUGUUCACGUUGCGGAAGAAAGUACAGCAGUGAGGAAUAUCUUAAUAUGCAUAGAGAGAAUUGUGGUACGAGUUUCAAACCAGUUAAUAUCAGUGUGAAAGUGAAGCAGUGUCAACAUUGUGCGAAAACAUUUACGCGACAGGGUAACUUGAAGACACAUGAAAGAAUACAUACUGGAGAACGACCAUAUCAAUGUCAACAUUGUGCGAAAACAUUUACGCAACAGGGUAACUUGAAGAAACAUGAAAGAAUACAUACUAGAGAACGACCAUAUCAAUGUCAACAUUGUGCGAAAACAUUUACGCACCAGGGUGACUUGAAGGGACAUAAAAGAACACAUACUGGAGAACGACCAUAUCAAUGUCAACAUUGUGCGAAAACAUUUACGCAACAGGGUCACUUGAAGAGACAUGAAAGAAUACAUACUAGAGAACGACCAUAUCAAUGUCAACAUUGUGCGAAAACAUUUAUGCAACAGGGUGACUUGAAGAGACACGAAAGAACACAUACUGGAGAACGACCAUAUCAAUGUCAACAUUGUGCGAAAACAUUUACGCGACAGUAUCACUUGAAGAGACAUGAAAGAACACACACUGGAGAACGAUCAUAUCAAUGUCAACAUUGUGCGAAAACAUUUACGGGACAGGGUAACUUGAAGACACAUGAAGGAACACAUACUGAAGAACGACCAUAUCAAUGUCAACAUUGUGCGAAAACAUUUACGCGACAGUAUCACUUGAAGAGACAUGAAAGAACACACACUGGAGAACGACCAUAGCAAUGUCAACAUUGUGCGAAAACAUUUACGGGACAGGGUAACUUGAAGACACAUGAAGGAACACAUACUGAAGAACGACCAUAUCAA